AUGUCCUCGACUGCCCUUGAACCACCCCUUUCGCUCAGACGGAGGACGAACCAGCUAGAGGCGGCGCACGCCAUGUCCAAGUUUAAUUUAUCCCGACUGCCUUCUCCGCCUGAAGACGGGGAUAGCUCUGAUGAUACUGUUAUUCCGACUGGGCGAGAGGGUUACCAUUCGAACGCAGACAGUUCCCACAAGCAUGCGAGUGGGAGCGGGAGCUCAGUCGGUGGCAUGAGCAGCGGAGGAGGAGCAAAUAACCAGUUUGCAGGCGGAUCUGGGAUAGCCGGAGAGUCAAGUCGUCCGUACAUCCCUUUCCCUCGCCAUGUCCCAUCGACACCGGAAUCGCUGGCCCAAGGCAAAGACUCGUCGAGCGACUCGGACUCUUCUCAAGAUCUGGGAUUCAGCGAGACUGCCCACCAUAUUGCCAAUUCCAAUACCUGGUCGGAUCUUCCUCUUCUCAUAACGCUCGUCCCUCCGGCAUUCGCGCUCUUCACUGGGGGAGACUAUGUCCGUGAUGUCCUCUUGACAUGUCUUAUUGUCUGGUACCUCUACCAACUCAUAAAGAUCCCGUGGGACAUCUACCUCGCCUCGUUGCCCGUUCAUCACAGACAACACGAGGCCGGCCCAUCAAGCGCACAGAAAGAACUGCGGACCACUCGGAUAUUCGCAUUAUUGCUCUGCGUCAUUACGCCCUUUUUGGGCGCAACCCUCCUGCGCCUCAGCGCAUCGCUGCUCUACCCCGAUUCCCUCUCGUGGUUCUCGACCUCGCUCUUUGUGCUCGCUGCGGGGGUCCGACCAUGGAGACACCUCGCGCACCUCGUGCUCACUCGGACCGACGCACUCCACCUCGCCGCCCACCGCCCGUCCGCAUUUCGGAGCGCACUGUUGGCGCCCGGCGCCGAAGCCGAGGUCCGCCAUCGCGAGAGGGAAAAGGAUAGUCGGCGCGUGGCCGAGCUCGAGGGUCAGGUCCGGCAGCUCCAGGGCGAGAUGAAUAUACUCCAUGAACGGUUCAAGCGCAUGGCCAAGCAUGUCCAGACGGCUGAUUCGCAGGUUGCGCAGCUUUCGGCUCGGCUAGAAACGUUGGAGCGAUAUGGGGCGAAUGCGUCGGUUUCGGGCGUGGAGCUGGUAUGGAAGGGGGCGCGCAAAGUUGUCAAGGGGUUAGUAUGUGGGAUAUUUCCGUUUAUGGAAAAGUGGUUUGAAGGCACCCAAGUGGAUGUUUCGAGGGGGAGAGGAGGAAAGGGAACGUCGAGGGGCAACAAGGGGAAACGGUCCAGAGGGGUGGUCCAUAAUCUACCACCCGUGCUCGAAGUCGACGAGGCCAAGGCAGCAAGCGGAGACGCACGGGUUCCGCCGGCACAUAUUAAACGAGAGCACCCGACCAGUAGUGUUAGUUGGGCCGCAACCGGAGUCGAUGUCGCCACUUGGCCGGUGAGAGCGAUGAGGGCUAUUGCCACAGGUUGGUUCAGAGUCUUGCGUAGCUGA